GGCUCAGACGGUCCCAGUCUAUUAGGGAUCCCUCUGCUUUCAACUGUGGCUGAAUUGAGAUUUGAAGAUGGUUGGUCUCUCCCUAAUGCUAGAUCAGAGAGACAAGUUCUUCUCCACUCUUUCCUCUCUACCAUUACCAUGUCUACUUCAAAUGAUACUCCGGUUUGGGCUGUUGAUGGUAUAACUUACUGGUAUUUCUCUUCAAAAGUUGUGUGGAAUGCUGUUAGGAUUUCAAAAUCUGAUAAAUCUUGGGCUCCGCUUGUUUGGCACAAAGCUGUCAUCCCAAGACAUGCUAUAACCACUUGGUUGUUCAUUCUCAAUUGUAAUCCUACUCUUGAUCGUUUGUCUACUUGGGGUUAUGAUGUUGAGUUAGAUUGUCUCCUUUGUGGGUUAGGCCAUGAAUCACGAAAUCAUCUGUUUUUUAACUGUGCAUUCUUUGCUGAGGUUUGGCGUUUGAUAACGAAUAAGUUUCAGAUUUCUACUUCUCCGGUGUUAUGGGAUCAGAUUCUCCUUUGGCUGCCAAGGUCUUCAGUUUCGAAGCACAAAAAACUUGCUCUCCUUCAAGGAUGGCAGGGUGCGAUCUAUGAACUAUGGCGAGAGAGAAAUCGGCAGUUUCAUGAUGGUAUCUCGCUAUCUGCAGUUGCUCUUACAAAGAUCAUUCUUUUCUACUAUGAAGGAUCAGUGUAAAGCAAUGUCUCAGCUGGGCUUAAAACGUGGGAUUUCUAUUCUUCAUUGUUGGACUUCUUAAAGUUGUGUUUGUUUACUAAUACUUGCAAAAGCUUAAGUUUAUUUUCAAUGUUCCUUUUUUUGAUCCUUGAUUCUCCUAGUAUUAGUUAUACUAAUUCUUUUCUC